GGGGCCGCGGCGCGGAGCGCGGGCUGGAGCCGCAGCCGCAGCGAGGCCGGCGGGCGGGAGCGCACGGAGGUGGCGCCGCCGGGCCGGGUGCGGGCUCCUGGUCGCGGGUCCCGAGAGGGUCGGCUCCGAGCCCCGUGGGAGGCUCCCGGAGCGCAGCUCGGCCCAGCCUACCCGCGCCGGCGGCCAUGGCGGGCACCCUAGACCUGGACAAGGGCUGCACGGUGGAGGAGCUGCUCCGCGGCUGCAUCGAAGCCUUCGAUGACUGCGGGAAGGUGCGGGAACCAGAGCUGGUGCGCAUGUUCCUCAUGAUGCAUUCCUGGUACAUCCCUUCCUCUCAGCUGGCAGCAAAACUGCUCCACAUCUACCAACAAUCCCGGAAGGACAACUCCAAUUCGCUGCAGGUGAAGACAUGCCACCUGGUCAGGUACUGGAUCUCAGCAUUCCCAGCGGAGUUUGACUUGAACCCGGAGCUCGCCAAGCAGAUCAAGGAGCUGAAGGCUCUGUUGGACCAAGAAGGGAACCGCCGGCACAGCAGCCUCAUCGACAUCGACAGCGUCCCCACCUACCAGUGGAAGCGGCAGGUGACCCAGCGGAACCCCAUGGGACAGAAGAAGCGCAAGAUGUCCCUGUUGUUUGACCACCUGGAGCCCAUGGAGCUGGCGGGGCAUCUUACUUUCUUGGAGUAUCGCUCCUUCUGCAAGAUCCUGUUCCAGGACUACCACAGUUUUGUGACUCACGGCUGCACGGUGGACAACCCCAUCCUGGAGCGAUUCAUCUCCCUCUUCAACAGUGUCUCGCAGUGGGUGCAGCUCAUGAUUCUCAGCAAGCCCACAGCCCCGCAGCGGGCCGCGGUCAUCACACACUUUGUCCACGUGGCAGAGAAGCUGCUGGAGCUGCAGAACUUCAACACGCUGAUGGCAGUGGUCGGGGGCCUGAGCCACAGCUCCAUCUCCCGCCUCAAGGAGACCCACAGCCACGUGAGCCCAGAGACCAUCAAGCUCUGGGAACGUCUGACAGAACUAGUGACGGCCACUGGAAAUUAUGGCAACUACCGGCGCCGGCUGGCAUCCUGUCGGGGCUUCUGUUUCCCCAUCCUGGGUGUGCACCUCAAGGACCUGGUGGCCCUGCAGCUGGCAUUGCCUGACUGGCUGGACCCUGCCCGGACCCGACUGAAUGGGGCCAAGAUGAAGCAACUCUUCAACAUCCUGGAGAAGCUGACCAUGGUGACCAGCGUCGAGCCCCCAGUGCAGGCCAACCCGGAUCUGCUGAGCUUGCUCACGGUGUCUCUGGAUCAGUAUCAGACGGAGGAUGAGCUCUACCAGCUGUCCCUGCAGCGGGAGCCGCGCUCCAAGUCGUCGCCAACCAGCCCCACGAGCUGCACCCCACCUCCCCGGCCCCCCGUGCUGGAGGAGUGGACCUCAGCUGCCAAACCCAAGCUGGAUCAGGCGCUUUUGGUGGAGCACAUUGAGAAGAUGGUAGAGUCCGUGUUCCGGAACUUUGACGUCGAUGGGGACGGCCACAUCUCACAGGAGGAGUUCCAGAUCAUCCGUGGGAACUUCCCUUACCUCAGCGCCUUUGGGGACCUCGACCAGAACCAGGACGGCUGUAUCAGUAGGGAGGAGAUGGUCUCCUACUUCAUGCGCUCCAGCUCCGUGCUGGGCGGCCGCAUGGGCUUCGUGCACAACUUCCACGAGAGCAGCUCCUUGCGCCCGGUCGCCUGCCGCCACUGCAAGACCCUGAUCCUGGGCAUCUACAAGCAGGGCCUCAAAUGCCGAGCCUGUGGUGUGAACUGCCACAAGCAGUGCAAGGAUCGCCUGUCAGUCGAGUGUCGGCGCCGGGCCCAGAGUGUGAGUCUGGAGGGGUCUGCACAUUCACCCUCACCCACACACACCCACCACCGCGCUUUCAGCUUCUCCCUGCCGCGCCCAGGCAGGCGAGGCUCCCGGCCUCCAGAGAUCCGCGAGGAGGAGGUGCAGACGGUGGAGGAUGGCGUCUUUGACAUCCACUUGUAAUUGACCUGUGACUGGAUCAAACUCUCGUGCCUGCCUUGGAGAAAAGACUCGCGACCAGAGCAGGGAGCCUGGGGUGCUGGGGCAGGGGGCGGGUGUCAGGGUGGCAUGCGGCUGAGGGCAGGGCCAGGGCUGGUGUCCCUAAGGUUGUACAGACUCUUGUGAAUAUUUGUAUUUUCCAGAUGGAAUAAAAAGGCCCGUGUAAUUAACCAUCA